UUGCUAAACAUACCAAUCAAACUGAUUUUUGUUAUCUAGCCCUAAAUGAUGCCUGAAUCCCAUGGUUCUAUAGAGCUUCCCGUUUUUGACAUCUCACAGCCCAUUAGUCCAUCCUGUCUCUCCUCCCUUUCUCUAGCCUGCAACGAAUGGGGUUUCUUCCAUAUUAUUAACCAUGGAGUUUCGAAAGAUGUUUACAGGAAACUCUACUCCCUCUCAACACAUAUCUUCAGCCUGCCUUACGAGUCCAAAAUCAAGUUAGGUCCAUCAUCAUCGGUAAGAACCUACACCCCUCAUUUUAUUGCAUCUCCAUUCUUUGAAAGUCUUCGUGUUUCCGGACCAGACUUCUUUGCUUCUGCACAAAGUUCCACAGGAAUUCUCUUGGACCAUCCAAAUCCUGAUGAAUUCAGGGAGACCGUUAAAGAAUACGGGAUCGAAAUGUCUGAGCUUUCGAGAAGAAUAGUGAGGGCAGUGCUAAUGAGCAUGGGAGGAGAUUUUGCAAGGAAGUUUUAUGAAUCUGAUUUCAAUAACUGUCACGGAUACUUGAGAAUAAACAGCUAUUCGCCAGCAGAAAUUAGUACUGUGGAAGGAAAAGAAGUUGAGGGGCUUGGAAUGCACACGGACAUGAGCUGUGUGACAAUUGUAUGUCAAGAUGAGAUUGGAGGGCUUCAAGUAAGAUCCAGGGAAGGGAAGUGGAUGGACAUAAACCCACGUGAAGAUACUCUUGUAGUGAACAUUGGAGACUUGAUGCAUGCGUGGAGCAAUGGGAAGUUGAGAUCAUGUGAACAUAGAGUUGUUUUAAAAAGAAACGUACACAGAUUCUCUUUAGCCUUCUUUUGGUGCUUUGAGGAUGAGAAGGUGAUUUUUGCCCCCGAUGAAGUGGUGGGAGAAGGAAGUAUGAGGAUCUAUAACCCAUUUGUUUGCAGAGAAUAUUUGAAAUUCAGAGAGAGCAGUGAGAAAGGUAGGUUUGAUAAGGUUGGGUUUACUGUUAAAGAUUUUGCUGGAAAUCUGUAACGAUAGGGAGGUACGUGGUUGACCUGCACUAGUUAUUGUUGUAUAUGCAUUUUCUUUUUGUCUAUGAUUCUUCGACUUUCCUUUUGCUGUGGAGGUGCUUCAUUUGAGGUUAUGAGAGCUAAGAGAAAAUGAUGGUUUAAUGGUUAA